AUGAGUCGUUUGGUAAAAUCUCGUGCUUCUUUACUUUUACAACAACGUUUGUCUACUAUAACACAACGAUCUCUUGUUCUUAACUCUUCAUUCUCUCGACAUAUGACUUCUUCCAAUAAGACUCUUACCAAUGCCAAUCGUCGUUUGAACACUACUGCUCAAUGGCUUCAACCUAAACGCCAAAUGUCAACAAGUCAUGAAUCCAUUGCAGCUGCUGAACAAGCUCAAGCUGAAGUCCUUCAUCGAAAGAAUCUCAGUGUACGCGAAAUCAUUUUGAAUCGACCUUCUAAAUUGAAUGCUUUAAAUUUGAACAUGGUACGCGGUAUUAUUCCAGAACUCAAGGCGUGGGAAAAAUCCGAUUUGGCAAAGAUCAUUGUCAUCAAAAGUGAACCAGGAACAGCUUUCUGUGCUGGUGGUGAUGUCAAAGCUGUGGUUGAUUUAGCUGCUGAAGGUAAACAAACGGAUGCCGCCAAGUUUUUUGAAGAAGAAUAUCAAAUGGAUCAUUUGAUUGCUACUUUGGAAACUCCUUAUAUUUCUGUGAUGGAUGGUGUUACUAUGGGUGGCGGUGUUGGUCUUAGUGUUCAUGCUCCUUUCCGUAUUGCUACUGAAAAUACUUUAUUUGCCAUGCCUGAAACCAAGAUUGGAUUUUUCCCUGAUGUGGGUGGAAGUUUCUUCUUACCUCGUUUGGAUGGACAAUUGGGGAUUUAUUUGGGUUUGACUGGUAAACGUUUAAAGGCUGUGGAUGUGUUAUAUGCUGGUGUGGCUACUCAUUAUAUCCCUAGCUCUCGUCUUCCUGCUUUGGAAGCCCGUUUGGCUGAAUUGGAUGCACCUACUCAUGAUAUUAUCAAUGGUGUAUUGGAUGAAUUCUCAGGUGAAUUGGAUCAAGAACCUUCUUUCUCUUUAGGUGGUGAUAUUCGUGCUGCUAUUGAUCGUUGUUUCAAAUAUGAUACCAUGAAGGAAAUUGUUGAAGCUGUUCAAAAGGAAGAAGAAGCCAACCCUGCCUGGGCAAAGGAAACUCUCAAGUAUCUUAAUAGUAUGUCUCCUACCUCACUGAAGGUGACCUUACAACAACUUCGUAGUGGUGCUACAUUGUCCAUUGCUCAAUGUUUCAAGAUGGAAUAUCAUUUGUUACAAAAGUUUGUAUCUGGUCAUGAUAUGAAGGAAGGUGUGUAUAAGACUUUAGUACAUCGUGGACAACCAUCUGAAUGGGAACCUGCUUCAUUAGAUCAAGUGGAUGAUAAGAAGAUCAAGUCUGACUACUUCAAUGCCCCUUCUCCUUUGACUUUACAAUUGCUUUCGACCAAGGACUUUAAGCAAUAUCCUCAUCGCAAGUACAUGCUUCCUACCGAAGAAGAUAUCAAACAAGUCGUUACUGGUGAAGCCGCUGAUGUUGGUAACUAUGCUUUAACUCGUGAAGAAAUCGUGAAUUAUUUGGUUCGUGAACGUAAAGGUAAACAAGGUGUCAAACAAAAGGUCACUGAAGUUCUCGCUCGCAAGACAAAGGUGUUACAAAAUCAAGAUGGACAAACUUUGAAAUGGGUCUAUUAG